AGAAUUUAUUUCAACAUGAGUUACAGAGAUACGAGUUUCGGAUCUUCCCACCCGUCAGUGUUGAAUUCGUUUUCGUCAUCGCUCCGGUCGCGGCCAUUCGCUGAUAUCUCGUACACUUCGACACCUGAUGUCAACGAGGUCUAUCCUGGACUCUUUGUUGGCGACGCGGUUGCGGCCAAAGACAAGGCGUUCUUAAAACGCAUGAGCAUUAACUAUGUUCUCAACACUGCAGAAGGCAAACGCUUCACCCAAGUGGAUACGGACCAUUUGUAUUACCGCGACUGCCCCGGCAUGCGUUACAAGGGCUUCCAACUUAUGGAUCUUCCAUCUACCGACAUAUCCAAGUACUUCUAUAUCGCUGCCAAUUUUAUUGAGGAAGCACUUUCAAGUGGAGGCCGAGUGCUCGUACAUUGUUUAAUGGGAGUUUCGCGCUCGGCGACUUGCGCUCUCGCAUUCCUUAUGAUUAAGCGACGUAUGAGCCUCACUGAAGCCCUGGCUACCGUUCGAGCUCGUCGAGACAUUCACCCCAAUGAAGGCUUUCUUCGCCAGCUUCAACAACUCGACAGGGAACUUCGCGUGUCCCGCGUCCGCUGACCUUACACCCCUAUUUACCAAAAAACACUCUUCAGUGUCAAAGACGAAAUCGUAAGUGGACAUACUUGCAUGGGUAGAAGACGAGUUGCAAGUUUAGACCGCACUUACUACCGCGAGUGAGACACUAAUGAGUAAUAAAAUAAUGUUAUUGCAUCUAACAUUAAAAUGAAUUUUUGAAACUUAUGUAUGAACAAAAAUAUAUUUCGGGUC